AUGACAGCUACGAAGUUAAAUGGAAGACAGCUUUUUCAAAAGAUUGGGAAACCAACCAGAAUUCUGGCUCCAAUGGUGGAUCAAUCUGAACUUGCUUGGAGAAUUCUAUCUAGGAAAUACGGUGCUACACUAGCUUACACACCUAUGCUUCAUGCAAAAUUGUUCGCCACAUCCGAAAAAUAUAGAAGGGAUAACUGGUGUUCUUUGGAUGGAGAUGCUACUUUGGAUAGACCAUUAAUUGUCCAAUUUUGUGCAAAUGAUCCCGAAUAUCUUCUUAGCGCUGCAAAACUAGUUCAAGGACAGUGUGAUGCUGUUGAUUUGAAUUUGGGUUGUCCUCAAGGUAUUGCCAGAAAGGGACAUUAUGGAUCAUUUUUGAUGGAAGAAUGGGACUUGAUCCAUAAAUUAAUUAAAACUUUGCAUGAUAAUUUGGAUGUCCCUGUAACUGCCAAAAUAAGAGUAUUUCCAGACCGUGAGAAGACUUUGGAGUAUGCUAAGAUGGUAUUAGACGCAGGUGCACAAUUUUUAUGUGUUCAUGGUCGUUUAAGAGAACAAAAAGGUCAAAAGACAGGUUUGGCAGACUGGGAAAUCAUAAAAUACCUAAGAGACAACCUUCCAGAUGACACAGUAUUUUUUGCUAAUGGUAAUGUGUUAUAUCCAGAAGAUAUCGAAAGAUGUCAAACCGCCAUUGGUUGUGAUGCAGUGAUGAGUGCAGAAGGUAAUUUAUAUAAUCCUGGGGUUUUCAACGUCGAUACAAUUGAGGAUAAAGAAAAGACCUUCCCUCGUGUAGAUAAAUUGUUAAGAGAAUACUUCGAGAUAGUCAAAUCUAUUCCGGAAUCAAAAGCUUCUCGUAUCGCUAUGAAGUCUCAUUUCUUCAAAGUCUUAAGACCAUUUUUACCUCAUCAUACAGAUAUAAGGUCAGAAAUUGCAAAGAUGAAUGCAAAGACAUCUUUCGAAGAAUGGGAAUCACAAGUAGUUACCCCUGUUGAGAAAGUAGUCGGCGAUAUAUUCGCCCAAUCAGAUAUUGAGGAAAAGGAUAAAAUUAUUGAUGGUAAAGAACAACUUUGGGGCGGUCACUACAAGACCAUUCCAUAUUGGAGAUGUCAACCAUAUUUUAGACCUGUUGAUGGUGUUACUGGUGACCAAAGAGUAACAAAAAAACUGGAAACAGAAAAGGGAGAGAAGAAGAGAAAAGCACAGGAAGAUGUAAAAGAUGGGGUGGAAACAGCUUCAAAGAUACAGCAUAUUUAG